UAGUGUAGUGUGAUUCUCUAUCACUUGGUGUCAGUAUAGUAACAAAUACUGUUUUCACAUAUUUUCGUCAUAGCCACGAGACCCAUCCCCUUCCUCUAUAGAGUCUAACACCAUCACUGACAGAACCUUACACUGCUGACGUCUGGAAUCCACAAUUUAGCGUUAUAAAAUAUAACGCUCUGUUGGAGAAUGAAUGGAUUAUGACAACGAAUGUGACAAAGAUAGUGUACGUCAGAAUAUGCGAAUAGAUAUUUGAAGGCUAUUUUUUAUUUUAAAUGUUUCAUCUUCACAUCAUGGAACAAAGACAACGCCAAACAUGGAGUAAGCGGACAAAGUGGGUUGCCAUUAUGAUGGUUUUGGUUACGUUUUGGAGCAGAGCUUUAGGACAAUUCCGAUAUUCCAUCUCCGAGGAAGAGAAAGAAGGAACUGCUGUUGGAAAUCUAGCAAAGGAUUUAGGUGUUGAUAAGACCACACUGAAGGACAGAGGGUACCGUAUUGUCUACGGCACGACAGAGCCUCCUUUUCGAGUAAACCAGGAUGAUGGUAUCUUGUAUGUGAACCGGAAAAUUGACAGAGAGGAAGUCUGUGACCGAAGUAAGGUUUGUUUAAUCGACUUUAAAGCUGUGUUAGAAAAUCCCCUGGAGGUGCACUAUGUAGCGGUGGAGAUUCUGGAUGUCAACGACCACGCACCAAGCUUUCCCGAAAGAGAAAAUUCUUUAGAAAUUCCCGAAUCUGCAUUACCAGGAGCAAGAUUCCAGUUACAAGCUGCGCGUGAUGCUGAUAGUGGUUUAUUAUCCGUUCAGCAGUAUAAGUUAAGUCUGAAUGAACAUUUUCGCUUGGAAGUGAAAGAUCGUGGUGAGGACCGUAAAACUCCUAGUUUAAUUAUUCAAAAGCCACUUGAUAGAGAAUCUGCCAAGACCCAUGCAUUACUUCUGACAGCCAUUGAUGGAGGUAAACCUCCGCGAUCCGGUAACAUGACAAUAAUUGUUAAUGUUUCCGAUGUCAAUGAUAACCCCCCAGUUUUCACCCAGGAGUCAUAUACAGUGCAGCUAAAAGAAAAUUCUUCUUUUGGUACAACUGUGAUUCAAGUUAAUGCAACUGAUUUGGAUGAAGGUUUAAAUGGUGAAGUUAUAUAUUCAUUCGGAAAUGAUGUGGAUGCAAUGGCACGUUCACGUUUUGAUUUAAAUCCAAUGACCGGAGUAAUUACUGUAGCAGGGGCCAUAGAUUUUGAAGAAUGUAGCAGAUACGAAAUUGAUAUCAAGGCAUCCGACAAAGGUCCGGCUACACUAGCUACGGAAAAAAGCGUUAUUAUACACAUUGUUGAUGUAAACGACAAUGCACCAGAGAUUGAGGUGACAUCUUUUUCUCGUGCGCUCCCGGAAGAUUCAAAACCAGGAACCACAGUGGCCGUAAUCAGUGUUAAAGAUUCGGACUCUGGUCUCAACGGAAAAGUUAUGUGUUACAUAAGCCAAGAUAUUCCUUUCAUGCUCACUCCAGCUUUACAAAAUAACAUGUAUUCUUUGGUAACAAAAUUGCUUUUGGAUCGAGAGAAGCAAUCGCAAUAUAUUGUCACAAUUGUAUGUAAAGACGCAGGUGCACCAUCUUUAUCAUCAGAAAAAACCAUACACAUAGAUGUGUCAGAUGUGAAUGACAACAAUCCAGUGUUUUCACAGAACCCAUAUACUUUCUACAUAACUGAAAAUAACAACCCGGGAGCAUCUAUUUUAUCAGUGACAGCCCGUGAUGAUGACGAGAGCAGUAAUGCACUUAUUUCAUAUCACAUAUUAAGGGACACAGGCGGAGACCAUUUUUUUACCUCUUUCAUAAAUGUCAACAGUUAAAAAAUGGACACAUUUCAGCACUAAAAGGUUUGACUUGGAACACUGAAAAAAGUUCAGUUCCAAGUUGUGCACAGAUUCUGGAACUCCGUCACUA